AUGGCUACUGGCUUCGUCUCUGCUACACGAAUGAAGAGGGUCAUAAUGCUCUAUGGUCUGCCAAUGAAGUUGCAGAAUGGUAUUUUCGGUGGCCUGGAUUUGGCAGCUGCUCUGGAAAUAUUUCCUGAGCGGGUCAACUUUGAGAUCAGAAAGGAGAGCCUCAGGGGCACGAUAGGGGAUGCCGAAGAAGGCGGCUGGGAUGAAAACCCUCUUGAGCCCUACGCCCUGUAUCGGGCAGAGUGUGUUCUUACCCAUAUAUAUGUGGAGGAUCACGGCGCUUGGUUUUAG